AUGAAAUCAAGAUUACAAAGAUUGAUAAAUUUGAAGUACACCCCUAAGUCAAAUGAUCUUAGAAAGACAUCUAUUAUUGGUACAAUUGGUCCAGCUACGAAUUCUGUAGAAACUAUUACAGAAUUGAGGAAGGCUGGUUUGAACAUCAUUAGAAUGAAUUUCUCGCAUGGUUCAUAUGAAUAUCAUGAAUCUGUGAUAAAAAAUGCUAGAGCUUCUGAGAAAAUCUACCCUGGUAGGGCCUUAGGGAUUGCUCUUGACACUAAAGGUCCAGAAAUUAGAACUGGUAUCACAGUUAAUAAAAUUGAUUAUCCAAUUAAUGCAAAUCAUGAAAUGGUUUUCACUACAGAAGAUAAGUUUAAAGAAAAGUGUAAUGAUAAUAUCAUGUAUGUAGAUUACAAAAAUAUUACAAAAGUCAUCGAGCCCGGUAAAGAAGUUUUUGUUGACGAUGGGACUCUUUGUUUUGAAGUAUUGGAAAUUAUUGAUGAUUCCAAUUUAAGGGUCAGAUCGUUGAAUUCAGGUAAAAUCUCCUCUCACAAGGGUGUCAACUUACCUAGUACAAAUAUAGAUUUACCUGCCUUGUCAGAAAAGGAUAAAAAGGACUUGGAGUUUGGGAUUAAGCAUAAUGUUCAUAUGAUAUUUGCUUCUUUUAUCAGAACUGCCAAAGAUGUGGAGAUGAUUAGAAAAACUUUAGGCGAAAGAGGUAAAGAUAUUUUGAUUAUCUCUAAAAUUGAAAAUCAACAAGGUGUGGAUAACUUUGAUGAAAUUUUGAAAGUUACAGAUGGUGUGAUGGUGGCAAGAGGUGAUCUUGGAAUUGAAAUACCAGCACCAGAAGUUUUAGCUGUCCAAAAGAAACUAAUUGCAAAAUGUAAUUUGGCUGGAAAACCAGUUAUCUGUGCUACUCAAAUGUUAGAAUCAAUGACUUACAAUCCAAGACCAACUAGGGCAGAGGUUUCAGAUGUUGGAAAUGCUAUCCUUGAUGGAGUCGAUUGUGUUAUGUUAUCAGGUGAAACUGCAAAGGGUAUAUAUCCAGUUGAGGCUGUUAGGACCAUGGCUGCUACAGCAUUGAUUGCAGAAGAGGCUUUUCCCUAUAUCUCACAUUUUGAAGAUGUAAGGGAUUUAACACCCAAACCUACAUGUACAGUGGAAACUAUUGCAGUAUCUGCUGUCUCUGCUGUUAUUGAACAAAAUGCAAAAGCAAUUAUUGUUUUAUCCGCUACCGGACGUACAGGUAGACUUGUGUCUAAGUACUCGCCCUUUUGCCCAAUUAUCAUGGUUACCAGAAAUCAAAAUACUGCAAGAAAUGGGCAUCUUUAUAGAGGUGUAUUUCCAUUCUAUUAUGAUCAACCUCGUGUUGAUGAAUGGAUUCUUGAUGUCCAUAAAAGAUUACAGUUUGGUAUCGAAAAAGCUAAAGAAUUUAAUAUUCUCAAGGAGGGUGAUGCUGUGAUUACUGUUCAAGGUUUUGCACCAGGUAUUGGUCGUUCUAAUACGUUACAAGUUUUAAAUGUUUGA